AUGUCAAGCACGUCAGCCAAAGGUCCUUCGGCCAAGCGCGCCCAUCCCAAGUACAGCGAGAUGGUCGCCGCCGCCCUCAGGGCCCUCAAGGAGCGCAACGGGUCCUCCCGCCAAGCCAUCCUCAGGUUCAUCCUCGCUUCCUUCCAGGUCGGGGACGAGAAGGCCGCCGGCGUGCAUCUGAAGCAGGCGCUGAGGAGGGGUGUCGCCAGCGGGUCUCUGCAGCAAACCAAGGGCACCGGCGCCUCCGGCUCAUUCAGGCUCUCCAAGGAGGAGCUGAAGAAGGCUGCGCCCAGAAAGGACUCCGCCAAGAAGGUGACAAAGAACGUGACGGCAAAGAAACCCACUUCUAAAACUGCAGCGAAGAAACCCAGCGCUAAGACUGCAACGAAGAAACCCAGCGCUAAGACUGCAACGAAGAAAUCCAGCGCCAAGACUGCAACGAAGAAACCCAGCGCCAAGACUGCAACGAAGAAACCCAGCGCCAAGACUGCAACGAAGAAACCCAGCGCCAAGACUGCAACGAAGAAACCAAGCGCUAAGACUGCAACGAAGAAACCCGGCGCUAAGACUGCAACGAAGAAAGCAAGCGCUAAGACUGCAACGAAGAAACCCGGCACCAAGACUGCCUCAAAGAGACCUACUUCUAAGUCUACAACAAAGAAGGUCUUCACUAAGACUACAACAAAGAAAGCCACUACUAAGACUCCAAAGAAACCCAUCGCAAAGAAAGGAGCAACAAAGAAUCCAACAACAAAAAAGGCAACAGCAAAGAAACAGACUAUUAAGAAAACAGCAACAAAGAAUGGGAAGAGCUAA